AUGGAUGAAGAGUUGAAGAAGGUGAAACAACUAAAGGCUCGAGAACAGAAUACCAUCAAAACUACAUUACCAUGGCGACUACGUGUAUUUGAUCGGUUCCCAACGAGACCUCAAAUGAUCUCACUCAGAAAGAUGACAUCCGAAUUCCCACUUCCAAAAAUCCGAGACUCUUUCACACGACAAUUUGCUGAUGAAAAUGAACGUAACAACACGGAUGCGAAUGAAGCUGAUGCAUCGAACAGUCGAUCGAUCCUGAGGCGAGGAGCGAAUAUUCGCGCUCAAUGGAAGGUGCGAAUGCGACAUAUUGGUCAGAAUUCCAGUCGACAUAUAUUAACAUCGUUGCUUGAAGAAUCCAAUCGUCAUCGCGCUCUUUACUGCGAUUCCAGCCAGUUCAUCCCUAACCUUGUGAGAGGGAACCUCAAGAACUCCAAGGGAAUGUCGGUUGGUUCUCGCUCACGUGGAUUCCAAUCCAUAAAAGCCAAAAACCACAUCGAAGGGUUGAAAGAAAACGGAGACGUCCGUCCGUCGGACUCUGCACCGAAAAAAGAGCCUAAGCAAGGCGAAAUUGACAUUAAAGCGUUGCAACAGAAACGAGCACAUGCUGAGAUCACAAGGAAUCGUAUAGAAGAAGAAAUGCGUGAGAAUCAUCCAUUAUUCGAUCGUCCUCUUUUCGCUGUAGGACGCGAUUCUCGCCUACGAGUUCUAUGUCAGAGCAUCGUUUACGCGCAGUACUCACCGGAAAGGAUCGAUCCUGUCACGGGGAAACAGAUAAUCCUGAAAUACAAACAGCUGCACGACUUUAUCGGCCUGAUGACAUAUCUCGACUGGGCUAUGGUGUUCGUCACAUCGUUGUCGUGUUGGUCCAUGCUCUUCGAAAGCCCUUGGCCAACUAACGGGGAGAAUCUAAUCUUCAACAAUCCAUAUUUACAGAUUACUGAAUACCUCUACGUCGCAUCGAUGACCUUUGAGUUGGUUGUGAAAGUAAUUGCUAAUGGAUUGUUCUUCACCCCCAAGGCUGUUGUGAAGGAUGUCGGUGACAUUAUGACAUUCUUCAUUUACUUUACAAGUGUGAUCUACCUGCUCUGGAUGCCUUCUCACGUUGAGAUUAAUUCAUGGGCUCAGAUGUUGAUGAUUAUGAGAGCGAUGCGCCCGCUACGGAUUUAUACUCUCGUCCCGCAUAUCAGACGAGUUGUGGUCGAAUUGUGUCGAGGAUUUAAAGAAAUUCUUCUGGUAACAGUGCUUUUAAUCGUGUUAAUGUUCAUAUUUGCUAGUUUCGGUGUCCAAAUAGUGGGCGGAAAGUUGGCUGCUUGCAAUGAUCCAACCAUUACGGAGAGGGAAAACUGCACAGGAGUUUUUGAACAGAAGAUCUUCGUCACAAGAAUGGAAGUGUACGGAAAGAACGAUGACAAACUUCAUCCGAAAAUUCUCGUGCCUCGCGUAUGGACCAACCCUCGGAACUUCAAUUUUGACCACAUCGGCAAUGCUAUGCUUGCCUUAUUCGAGACCUUAUCCUACAAAGGGUGGAACGUCAUACGAGACAUUCUGUAUCUUCGUCAAGGACCGUGGGCGGUGCUAUUUAUCCAUAUCUACGUGUUUAUUGGCUGUAUGAUUGGUCUCACACUUUUUGUUGGUGUUGUUGUCGCCAACUAUACGGAAAAUCGAGGUACCGCCCUCCUGACUGUAGAUCAAAGACGAUGGCAUGAUUUGAAGGCAAGGUUAAAAAUGGCACAACCGCUGCAUGUGCCACCGAAACCACCGGAAAGUGCGAAACUGCGUAGUUAUCUAUACGAUUUGACACUAAGCAGAGGUUUUAAGCAGUCGUUUGCUAUUCUUGUGGUGAUAAACUCGUUCACUCUGGUUGUGCCAUGGAAUGUCGAAGAAGAGAAGCAGCGACGAAAUUUUCUAUUCGGUCUCACUAUCCUCUCAGCUUUCUGCAAUAUUUUGUUCACUAUUGAGAUUAUUCUAAAGUCCGUCGCAUUCACUGUACGAGGUUUCUGGCAAUCGCGACGUAAUCGCGGCGAUUUCCUCAUUACUAUCCUCGGUUUGACAUGGAUAGUCUUUCAUUUCCUGUUUCAGGUGCCUGCAUACAUUGCUGGAGGGAUCAAUGAAUGGAAACGAUUAACGUACACUUUCGGCUAUAUGGUGGUGAUAUUGCGAUUCUUCACAAUCGCUGGACGAAAAUCAACUCUGAAAAUGCUAAUGUUAACAGUUUUGAUGUCUAUGGUCCGUUCGUUGUUUAUUAUUGCUGCGAUGUUCCUUUUGGUGCUGUUCUACGCCUAUACCGGAGUGAUUCUCUUCGGGAUGGUCAAGUAUGGACAAGCUGUCAGCAAACACGUGAAUUUUCGUAACGGUCGUGAGGCUCUGGUGGUACUCUUCCGCUCAGUGACUGGAGAGGAUUGGAAUGAUAUAAUGCAUGAUUGUAUGCGUUCUCCUCCAUUUUGCUAUUGGGCCGAGGGCCUGAAUUAUUGGGAGACUGACUGCGGGAACUACUUUGGAGCAAUCGUCUACUUCUGUUCCUUUUAUCUAAUCAUUACCUACAUCGUGUUGAACCUUCUUGUUGCUAUAAUUAUGGAGAAUUUCUCGUUGUUCUAUUCAAGCGAAGAGGAUGCUCUAUUGUCCUAUGCGGAUAUUCGUAAUUUUCAACAAGUAUGGAAUAUUGUGGACGCUGAUCAAAAGCGAUCGAUUCCAACAAGGCGUGUAAAGUUCCUUCUUCGUCUCCUUCGUGGACGACUUGAGGUGGAUCCAAAUAAGGAUCGCCUACUCUUCAAACACAUGUGUUACGAGAUGGAACGAUUGCACAACGGUGAAGACGUGUCCUUCCAUGAUGUGCUGAAUAUGCUUUCGUACCGAAGUGUCGAUAUACGGAAGAGUCUUCAACUAGAAGAACUUCUACAACGAGAAGAACUGGAAUAUCUGAUUGAGGAAGAGGUAGCGAAGCAGACGAUUCGUGCCUGGUUGGAACAAUGUCUUCGCCGGAUCAAACAAAAACAAAAUGUGCAAAAUCAACCUGAGACUGUCGUGCCGACUUCGCUGGCUUUGCAUCGUCUCAGCUGUUUAAUCCCUUUAGUUCCACAUGUUCCCUCACAGUUGAACCUCCAAACUACUCUCACGACUCCACAGACAACUGCGCCCAAUUUUGAAUCAUUUGAUUCCCGCGAAAGUGGUGACGAGGAUGGUGGAAGUCGGAAAAAGCAAAGACGACGAAACUCAAUUCCGGAACUUGUCGGUGAAGCCAAGAAAUUCAUGUUUGGCAGCCUGGCAAAACGCCUUGAAAAGGCAGCUGAGUCGAAAUCGGGCAAGGAUCGUCGCGGGACCCUCAAACAACUACAGAUGCCUACAUAUGAACUUCCGGAUCUCGAAGAAAAUCUCGACGAAGCUUCUGAUUCUCCGCAUGAACGAAGACAUUCGGUGGAUACGCCGUUGAGCAAUAACCCCGUUCUAGAUUUGCUGAUUAUGAACACCUCCACUCCAUCCGUGGAAUUCCAAGCUAUUGAACCUAAUCCUGACCUACAACAAUGGUGGACAGAUCUAUUUGAGCUGUGA